GUCAUAAUGGCCGGUAGGAUUGUGCGCCUCGAGCAGUGCGUCGUGGACAAGAUCGCGGCGGGUGAAGUGGUCCACCGUCCCGCCAGCGCCCUCAAGGAGCUACUGGAGAAUAGCCUCGAUGCUGGUGCGAAGCAUAUCACAGUCGUGGCAGGACAAGGUGGGAUGAAGAUGCUUCAAAUCACCGACGACGGAAGCGGCAUUCGUCGAGAAGACCUGGACAUUGUGUGCGAACGCUUCACGACAAGCAAGUUGCGCAAGUACGAGGACUUGCAAGAGAUUGCGUCGUAUGGGUUCCGCGGGGAAGCCCUUUCCAGCGUGUCCCACGUCGCCCACGUCACCAUCACCUCCAAGACAAAGGAUCAACCGUGUGCAUAUCGAGCCCAUUAUCGCGAUGGAGAGCUCGUAUCGACAUUGCCCGGUGGAUCGAAAGACCCCAUUCCGUGUGCUGGCAAGACCGGCACGCAAAUCUUGGUCGAAGACAUGUUUUACAACCUUAGCACGAGAAAGCAAGCCCUGAAGAACUUUUCGGAGCAAUACCAUCGCGUGUUGGACGUAAUGCAGCGGUAUGCCAUCCACUACGGCGGCACGGGCACGUCAUUCGUAUGCAAAAAACACCGCGAGACCACGUGCGACCUCAACAUAAGCAGCAGCAGCAGCACUCAGUUGGACGUGAUCAAGUCCAUCUUUGGCUCGUCCUUGGCAGCCGAGUUGGUGGCGUACUCGCUCACAUCCCAACAAGCCACGGUCAACGUCACUGGUUAUGUCACCAACGCCAACUACAACACCAAGAAGAGCACAUUUAUCGUGUUUAUCAACAACCGAUUGGUCGAGUGUCCGGCGCUGCGACGCGCGUGCGAGUACACGUAUGCCCAUUACCUGCCCAAGCACACACACCCGUUUGUGUACCUGGCGCUGGCCAUCCCCCCAAGUCAUGUGGACGUGAAUGUGCAUCCCACCAAGCGCGAAGUCCACUUUUUGCACGAGGAAGCGGUCGUAGACGCCAUCGCAAGUCACUUGAACACGUUGCUGCAAGGCGGAAACCAGUCGCGGACGUUUACAGUGCAGCCCAUCGCUGCCAUCAUGGCCAGUCACUUGAGUGCCCGUGAAAAGACAGCGGUGACAUCAUUGAGCGACAAGGACGACGACGACGACGACGAGGAGGACGAUGCCGAUGCUGAUACACCCCAAAAGAAGAAGCAAAGGACAACACUGACGACGUUGGUGCAGCUGGAUUUGUCCAAGUCCAAAGCCAAGGCUUCUCAACCGACCAAGGCGCCGCAACGCUUAGUGCGUACAGAUCACACCACCACCACCAUGGACAAGUACCUGCUACUGCAGUCCCAAGAGUCUGGUGGCGACAACGAAGACGAUAUCGCCCUCGACGUAGAUCCGAUGGAAGGCGUCGACCUCGACUCGAACGACGAAGAAUUGGAUCCAAAGAACUUGACCAGCGUCGUCACUUUGCUGCGUCGCGUGACGUCCUCCGCUGACCGCGGUCUCACCAAGGUCUUUCGAGAGCAUACGUUUGUGGGCGUUGUGAACGACCUGUCGAGUGUGAUUCAACAUCAAACCAAGCUGUUCCUUGUCAACCAUUUGGUUGUGACCGAGAUGCUCAUGUACCAGACCCUCCUGCGCCAAUUUGGCUCGGUCCCGACGAUCCCGUUGCACGGGCGCCUCGUCGUGUCGGAGCUGGCGCUGUGCGCGUUGACAGGUGCAGACGGCCCCUCAUCCUUCCAUGAUGAAGCAACCGGUGGCGACGACGACAGACGUGCGCAGGCAGCAGACGUCGCGUCCUUGUUGGUGGACAAGGGGCCGAUGCUGGCCGAGUACUUUGGCUUGCAUAUCAACGCCGAGGGCCACUUGACGCGGAUCCCCCAAAUCGUCGUGGGCCACGAACCGUCGCUGCAUGCGUUGCCAGAGUUCAUAUUAAGACUGUACGACGACGUCAACUGGACCGACGAGGCCGAGUGCUUUGACGGCGUAUGCUCCGCCUUGGCCAGAUGGUACAGCGAUGGCGUGUACCCUGACGACGCCACCAGAGGCCGGCACCUCGUGGAGCAUGUGCUGCUUCCAGCAUGCAAAACGUCGUCGUUCGUGGCGCCGUACGCCUUGAACGACGUGGCGGCCGUCACCCCCAUCGCUUGCUUGAACAACUUGUACAAGAUAUUUGAGCGCUGCUAGCAACUACUACCGCGAACUACAACAAGAACAAUCCCAUCGAGCAAAUUCUUCGUGGCUUGCCGCACAACUCGACGGACACGACCAGAUGGCCACCGUCUGCCAAUCCAUCCCUCCGUCGAGGAUCGUUUUCGACGAUGGAUGGCGGCGGGUAGUAGUAGUCGUGUCAGGUAGAGUAUCCACGGGGGUCGCUGUCGUCGUGGCCUUGACGUAAUUUUCGACUUUUAAAAAGUAAUUCGUAGCUGGCAUGAGCUAUAAUGAAAACAAGUCACCGUGACCACCACAUUGACUGCGAGUGAGACAUUGUCUUAUGUACACGGACCUGCAUUUCAAACACCCGAG